AUGUCGUACGGUGGUGGCGGCUACUCGCGCGACAACUCCUACCGCUCUCGCGGAGGUGACAACGGCUACUCCGGAGGCGGUGGUGGUGGCUACGGCGGCGGCGGUGGCUACGGUGGUGGCCGCGGAGGUGGCUACGGCGGCGGCGGCGGUGGUUUCGGCGGUGGUGCCGGUGGUGACCGCAUGUCCAACCUCGGCGCUGGCCUGAAGACACAGGACUGGGGUAAGCUUUCCCUUUAUUCUCACUUCUAUUUGUUCCCUGCUAACCUUUCAGACUUGAACUCUCUCCCCAAGUUCGAAAAGUCUUUCUACAAGGAGCACCCCGAUGUUAGCGAGCGCUCUGAGGAGGAUAUCCAAGCUUUCCGCAAGGAGAAGGUCAUGGCCGUUCAGGGUACCAACGUUCCCCGUCCCGUUGAGACUUUCGAUGAGGCUGGUUUCCCCCAGUACGUCCUCUCCGAGGUCAAGGCCCAGGGCUUCGAGAAGCCCACUGCUAUUCAGUCCCAGGGUUGGCCUAUGGCCCUCUCUGGUCGUGAUGUCGUCGGUAUUGCCGAGACUGGUUCCGGAAAGACCCUGAGUUAUUGUCUUCCCGCUAUUGUCCACAUCAACGCUCAGCCCCUCCUCGCCCCAGGUGACGGCCCCAUUGUCCUCGUCCUGGCCCCCACUCGUGAGUUGGCUGUCCAGAUUCAGGCCGAAAUCACCAAGUUCGGCAAGUCUUCCCGCAUUCGCAACACCUGUGUCUACGGUGGUGUCCCCAAGGGUCCUCAGAUUCGUGACCUCUCCCGUGGUGUUGAGGUCUGCAUUGCCACUCCUGGUCGUCUCAUUGACAUGCUCGAGGCUGGCCGUACCAACCUUCGUCGUGUUACUUACCUCGUUCUUGACGAGGCUGAUCGUAUGCUGGACAUGGGUUUCGAGCCCCAAAUUCGCAAGAUCAUUGGCCAGAUUCGCCCUGACCGUCAGACUUGCAUGUGGUCUGCUACCUGGCCCAAGGAGGUCCGCCAGCUGGCCUCUGACUUCCUGAACGACUACAUUCAGGUCAACGUUGGCUCCAUGGACCUCUCCGCUAACCACCGCAUUCACCAAAUUGUUGAGGUCGUUUCCGACUUCGAGAAGCGCGACAAGAUGAUCAAGCACCUUGAGAAGAUCAUGGAGAACCGCGCCAAUAAGUGUCUCAUUUUCACUGGUACCAAGCGUAUCGCUGACGAGAUUACCCGUUUCCUUCGCCAGGAUGGAUGGCCCGCGCUUUCCAUCCACGGUGACAAGCAGCAGAACGAGCGUGACUGGGUCCUGAACGAGUUCAAGCAGGGCAAGAGCCCCAUCAUGGUGGCCACUGAUGUGGCUUCCCGUGGUAUCGAUGUGCGCGACAUUACUCACGUGCUCAACUAUGACUACCCCAACAACUCGGAGGACUAUGUUCACCGUAUUGGUCGUACUGGUCGUGCCGGUGCCAACGGUACCGCCAUUACCUUCUUCACGACUGACAACUCUAAGCAGGCUCGCGACUUGGUCACCAUUCUCACUGAGGCUAAGCAGCAGAUUGAUCCUCGUCUUGCCGAGAUGGUCCGCUACGGCGGUGGUGGCGGCGGCGGCGGUGGUCGCUGGGGUGGCCGUGGCCGUGGAGGCUGGGGUGGCCGUGGUCGUGGUGGUGGUGGCUUCACUGGCUCUAACGCUGGUGGCCUCGGCAACAACCGUCGCUGGUAG